GUUUGCAAGGAUUUUUUCUCACUUGGACCUGCAAAACAGAUCACAACAUGCUAAUAGGUUUGCUCUUUGAAAACAACUAGUGUGGUAUGCGUCGCUUGGUCGAGGAGGCGCUUGGCUACCUCGUGUUGCCAUGGGAAUGGGCCUGGCGCACCGCCCUGGCGCCCCUGUCAGGCGCGCUGGAGCCCCUGGCUGGCAGGGCGGUCGGUCUCCGCCGCUGGCUGGGCGGCCUCCGCAGCGCCGGACACCACCACCUCCCGCUGCGACCCCCGCCUCCGCAGCAGCAGCACCAGCAGCAGCACCAGCAGCAGCACCAGCAGCAGCACAGCCACCACCACCACCACCACCAGCAGCUCCCGGACCCUGACCGUCAACAUCAGCUUGCAUUGAUCCCGCACCUGCGGGUUGGCGGUGCAGCAGCAGCAGCAACAACAAGGGGCUGUCACUCAGCUGCUGCUGCUGUGCCGCUGCUGGCGAGCAGCUGGGCUGCGGGCCGCGCGGGCCUGCAUGCUAGGGGCUGCCACUCGGGAACUGCUGCUGCGGGCGGAGGGUGCGUUGGUUCCGCCACUGCUGCGUCAUCCGCAUCCGCAUCUGGCCGUACGGCACCAGGAGCAGCACCAGAAAGAGAAACAGGGGCAGCAGCAGCAGAACCAGCAGCAGUAUCAGCGUCGCCCCGUCCGGAGGGUGCAGCGGCGGUGGCAGCGGCGGUGGCGGCGGUGGGGGGAGCCCCCAGCGUGACACCGGGCAGCGAAGCGGGGCAGCGAAGGAGCCGGAAGACCCUGUCCGAUCGCCCUCCCUCCCAACCACCGCAUCCAACUCAGAACGGCUCAAGGGUCUUGGAUGGUGCUGCUGUGGCUGAGGCUGAAGAUCCACGGGUCGGCUGGCGGCGCGUGGAGCCUGGGGGGUCGUCACAUGGCCGCAGCUGGGGGUGGCAUGACAGGAGCGACAGCCGCCGCGAUGACAGCAGCAGCAGUAGGGGUAGCCCCGCUCGUAGGAAGGGUGCGGGAAUGGCGGCGGAAGAUGUGGCGAUUGAGGAUGCGGGCCGUCUUCGUGGUCGUCAUUACCGCAGCAGCGGUGCAGACAAGCGCUGGGUUGAGGGCGAACAAGGUGGAG